CGGCGGCGGCUCGCGCACCUUCCCGGCGACGCCGCUGCCGCCGACGCCGGACGUCGGCGGCGUUUCCGUUGGAGGCCCCGGCGAGCUCGGCGUGGCGGCGCGCCUCCAUGGGGAAGUCAUGGGGUGUAAUGGCGAUCGGGAGGAUGUUUCGUUUCGCGAGCGCAUUUGCGGGCUCCGGACGCCACGUAGCGAUUAGCCCCUGCCAAUUGUCACUCUCGUCAAUUGCCAAUUAUCCGUAUCGACGCUGACGUUCGUCUCGGUGCUUAUCGUAAAAUUGAGUCAGGCGAUUUGCAGGUAGCAAUGUCCGCUGGCGAUUAGGAGUCUCCUCCGCGUUUUUUUCCUCCCCCUUUUACGGAAUUGGUGAAUUUAAAAAUGGGGACUCUUGUUUGAAUAUCUUUUGUUUAUCUUUGCGAAUGCUCGCAAAUUUUUCGUGGCUCCACUCGUGUUUUAUCGUAAGACGACACUGUUGACGUUCUUAUCAGAGCUGCAUUAAAAUUGAUAACAGUUUGCAAAUUCUUUGCUUCGAUAUGCUUGAUGCUCUAUUAGGUUACUGCAAUGAAGUAUAUCAAAUGCGUAUGAAUGACAAUGGGCUGAAACACUUAAACGAUUAGCACUUAUAUAUAAAUAUCACUAUUUCUUGUCAGCUGUAGAUUAAUAAAUAACUGCGAUUGGACCGUGAAUAACACAAUUAAAUGGAGGAGAGCCAAGGAACGCUUGAGCCAGACAUGGCAGCGAUAGAAGAGAAAAAGCGAGUGGGUGGCUCCAAGGUGUCAGCCAUCGCGAACAUCUUCCAAUCCAAGCCGCAACUAGACAAUCUGAGUCACAGAACGAACAAUAUUCUCUCGGAUGGAUUUAAGGAGCCAGCUGUUCCAUUGAAGGAGUCCCCGACGCAAGUAACGGUGGUCAGAACUGAGAGCCAUGUGGCACGUUUCAACAAUGCGCGAGCCCUCUUCGAGAAGCUUGGCGAGGAAAACAAAUCGAACAGACCGGUGGAGCGGGUUACGAAACCGAACAAUCUGCAUGGUCUUCGGUCUCGCUCCAGUUCCGCGAACUCGGGUUCCGGGUGCACCUCGCCCGCGAGAUCGCCCCGUCCUCACUCACCCUCUCCCCCGGGUAGCCGUGAACACCUGAGCACGUGGAGCGCCAGCGUACCGGCCCUGAACGCUGAGCGGCAUUUUGAGAACGGCCAUUGCGCACCAGAGCAGCGACGUCCUGGCGCAGGCGUAGGUAAAGUCGAACGGACGGGCAAGGAGAACGAUCGUCCGGAGCGGCCGGAAAAGCCAGAACGUCGGCCAAAUUCCAAGGAGCUCAUCGAGAAGCAACGGAAUUGGACUAGCCACUUCUCCAAAGCUAGACCGAAUCGCUACAAUUCCGAUCCGAAUCGUUCGCUAGUCCAAACCUCCCUGAAUUCCCAGAAUGCUCAGGGUCAAGCGCAGCAAUCGUCACCGUUCGCUGAUACGUGCCAGAGCGCGGCAGCUGGCGACUCGGCCAGCCCAGCUGCCAGAUCGGCGAGCUUCUGCUCGGCACGCUCACCCCCACCACCACCUCCGCCUGUCAGGAACUCGUCCGCAGCUAGUAGAAGGGAACGACCGGCCAGUAUCGCCGUCAGCUCGUCCGAGCUGCUGGAGAGUCCGGAGUAUGCAACGGUGGAGAGGUUUGACGAGAUUUCGCCAACGAUUCCGGAGUAUGCCGUUGUGCAGAAGAAGAAACCUCUGAGCAAUUCGAAAGAUGUCAAAAGUGACAGCGUUGAUAAGAGUCAGGACUCCUCAAUGCCAGAAUAUGCUGUCGUGCAAAAGAAUACUUCGAAAGCGGCUUUGAGGUCAGCGGAGAAUUCCAAAGAGGCUUCCAAGGCACAAAAUUUAAAAGGCGUAGCAGCUACGGAGGCAGUUACGGGAAACAAAAUCUUAAGUUCGAGGUCGAUGGAGGCUGCCAAGGACGUUUCUAAGUCUACCGUGCAGAAUUUGACAAGCUCUGCGAUUGCGGAGCCAAUUUUAGCAAACAAAACUAUAGUUUCAAAAUCAGUGGAAGAUGCUAAAGAGACUUCUAAGAGCUCUGCGCAGACUGUAAAAGGCCCACCAGUUGUAGAAGUAGUUCCAGUAUGCAAAGACACGGUUUCGAAGCCAAUGGAAAAUUCAAGAGAGAACUUGAAAAAUUCUACAUCUACAGAAGAAGCGCCAACGUUUAAAGCUAUAGUUUCUAAACCAACAGAAUCUUCAAAGGAGGAGACCACGGAGGUUGCAGAGGAAUCGAAAGAAGUUACGAAAGGCUCAGCGGUUCCAGAAUCCAAAACUGCCAUCGCAAACGAGUAUAGCGACGAGAACACCGAGCAGACAAAAGCGUCGCCUGUAGCGCACUACGAGGCUUCUAGUCCAACUCGAAGUGCCUCGAAGGACAAUGUUUUAACGAGGAGGGAAAGCGACCUGCUAGAGGCUCCGGAAUACUUUAACUGUCCCCCAAGCCCGAUUCAUUCGCCGGCGAAGACAUCCGAGUGGAGGAACGAAUGGCUGGCGAAAAACGACGAGAUUCUGAAGAGGACUGUGGACUUGAAAGAUCUGAAGACCUUGUCGAAGGAGGCUCUGGAGACGGAGCAGCGUGGCGAGGUGACCAGGCCGGAUCCGAGACCCGAUUGGGCGAGACCAAACGCGAAUGCGAAGAGAAAAGAAACUGUGGACGAUAAGAAAACUGAGCUGAUACGAUCACCGGAAUCUGAACUGGGUUUGCCCUCUGCGGGCACCGACAGUGCCUCGUCCAGCAUGAGUUCACCUAGUUCACCGUCCAAGGAUAGCAAGGAGGAAAAAGCAGAGAAGGAGAUGUCAGAAAAGCAUCAGACAGGUCGCAACAGUUAUGACUUGGAAGCGGAGGACCAGGAGAAGCCGGCUACGUAUCAGAGCUGCGUCUCUGGCACGGAGAGCCUCGCCGAGAAGGAUCAGUUCAAGUUCAGCGAGACGGAUACUACCACGGUCAUUCGACGUUCUCACGUGCGCCUUGAUCUUCAAGCGGCGGGUCUGGGUCCACGGCCACCCUCUGUCAUCAGUUCCGACCAGGAGUAUCCGCCGCUAGAGCACAAGGAGAUUCCCGUGCCCUCUCCGUACGCCAAGAAGUUACAGCAGAGUGAGGAGAUUGUGUCGCAGAGUAAUACCGAGUGCAAAGUUCAAUCGAAACCGAACACGGAGGCGAAGAGCCUCGGCGGCACUAUAGAAACAAUGAAAAUCAAUACCACGUCCGCGGAGGAUAUGUUGGAGGCUAAAGUGAAGUCCGGCGACGGAGUGUGCCAGAAGACGGUCUCGAAUGCGAAAAAUGAUCAAAUCAAAAUCAGCGUGAGGGAGAAGAUCGCAAAGAACCGGGAAGAGGUCUCCGGCAAGCGGUCCAGCUUUGUCGAGACGGAAAGCAAGGAUAGCAUAGACAAGGCGAGCCUUCGCAGCCAGGAGAUGAAUAGCUACGGACUGAUUACGAAGGAGAGCAAGGACGAGGAGAAGUAUGUGACGGAGAUAGCGAAAUCCGAGGUCAACCGAAAGGAGUGCAUCGCGGCGGUAAAUAGUGUCCUGAGCAAGAGGCUAGAGAAGGAGGCGGAACAGCAAACGACUUGGGAGCAGGAGAAACAGAAGGCUGAGUUGGCGAAGCUCCGGUUAUCGGAGAACAAUCAGAGUUCUUCGCUGGCGCCUAGUACGCAGAAACAUUCCAGCAAGAAAUCCAACGAUCAGUCCGUGUCGGAGAGCAGCCAAUACGAAGACAGCGACUCCAGUGACACGAAGACUGUUACGAAUGUGGAAUGUGUAGCGAAGGAGUUACAGAACAAUUCUGCUGCAAUCGCGGAACAGCAGGUAGCCUCGAAGAACAAUGUCAAUCACAUCACUCCGGUGACGCCAGACACCAUGACUCCAGAUGAGGCUGAAAACCUGCUGAGCUCUCGCAUCCUAGAAAAGAAGAUUAGACAAGGUUCGGCGUUGCUAUCGGACGAGGAAGCUCAGGAGAUAGCGAGGUUGCUGUCUCCCACCUGUGCCAAUGACGCAAUAAUAGGUGAUGGGAUUUCUAAUGACAAGGAUAAGGAAGGACAGGACAGGGAUAGGGAUGACCAGGACAACACGCCCGACUGGCUGUCCGAUGUCCUGUCUGCUCCUGAUUCCAGUCUUAUCAAUAGUGCCACUCAUGAUUAUAGUUUGUCUCAUAGAUCUCGCAGUGACCUGACGAUAGACUCGUUGACGGAAAGCCAAAUAGGAUCAGUCACGGGAAGUGAGAGCGGACUGUUGGGCUCCGUCAGCAGCUUGAACGAAGCUAAUGAUGACACCGAAACCGAGCAUCAAGACGAGUAUAUCCCAACGCCAGGAAAAAUCGUACUUGUGGAGAAUGGCGUACAUUAUUUCGAGGACGGUCAUUUUUGGAUGGAAGUAGCGGGACUUCCGGAGUCGGACGAAGAUGAUGAAGACUAUCCGUCCACCGUACCCGUCAAGAAAACUUCCAAAGUGUCCUUUGACACCGGUCCCAUGCGAAUUUAUUCCACACAUUCUGUCAAUGAGUACGAUCGCCGCAACGAAGAUGUCGAUCCUGUGGCAGCCAGUGCAGAGUACGAGCUGGAAAAACGCGUCGAAAAAAUGGAGGUGUUUCCUGUCGAACUGAUGAAGGGCCCAGAGGGUCUAGGCCUGAGCAUAAUCGGGAUGGGCGUGGGCGCGGACGCGGGUCUAGAGAAGUUGGGCAUCUUCGUGAAAACUAUCACGGAGAAAGGUGCGGCCGCGCGCGAAGGCCGAAUCCAGGUGAACGACCAGAUCGUCGAGGUUGACGGCAAGAGUCUGGUCGGCGUGACGCAGGCUUACGCCGCUAGUGUACUAAGGAAUACCUCCGGACUUGUGCGAUUUGUCAUCGGCAGGGAAAGGGACCCCAAGAACUCGGAAGUGGCGAUGCUAAUCAGGCAGAGUCUCCAGGCGGAUAAAGAGAGAGAACUGGCGAACGCUGCCAAUAGAAGUUUUUUUUCUGCGAGCAGGAAGCUCAACUUCUCUGACGCUUCUCCUGACGGCCAGCGAGGAAGCGAGGACAUCUCGGUCGGCAGCGGGAUGAGCGGAAUUCCCGGAUCGCCGGCGAUGUCCUCCUGCUCGGAAGGAGAACCGGCGCACAGUCCAAUCGAGAACUACCUGUCGCCUUCUAGUCGCAGCCGAUCUCCGAUACUCGGGUCGUCACAACACAACACCACGCAGAACGACGUAGACAGUCUGAGAUUGCUCUUGCAAGAGAGUCAAUAUAAACUCUCAUUAGCGGACGAGGAAGUGGAAAGACUCAAGGCGAAGUUAGUAGAAUUGGAGAACAGCGGAGCUGGUAGCGAAGAGUAUGCGGCCAAACUACGGGAAUCAGGAUUGCGCCUUCACGAGUCGGAGAGAGCAUUGGGUACCGCCCGCCAAGAUCUGUCGACAGCCAGGGAGAUGCUGUCACAGGCGACGGGUCAAAACGCGGCUCUGCAGCAGAAGUACGCCAGAGCCAGGAGGGCUGCCAGGGAGCUACGCGCAGACAUCGCAGCCAGAGACGAGUUCUAUCAGCAAUUGUUACAGGAAAAGGACACAGAGUACAACGCGCUGGUGAAAAGUCUCAAGGACAGAGUAAUCACGUUAGAAGUGGAACUGACUGAAACUCAGAGGCGAUUUGGCCAACCGGUACGGUUACCAUACGAUAACACUACUACUAGGAUAGUGACGCCGCAGCUCUCCCGCAGACAACUGCCACCGCCGCCUUCAUCGACCAGCUGCCAACUCUCCGAUACGGAGACCUCCGACCUCAGUAGCCCGGAUGAUGGCGACAAGACUGCAACUGUGGAGAGGAAGCUACCUCUGCCGCUACCAGUGAAGGAGGAAUUGGAUCGUGCCGUACCGGCCCAUCGUCUGCUGGAUAAUUCUGCUGGCAAGAGCAAGGCAGAGCUAGCCAGCAGAGGCGGUUUAGCCAAUCGUCAGUUGCCCAGGCGAUCCGGGGGCCUUAGCAACAGUAGUUCUGAUUACGGUUUGGACGAAUCGGGCGACAACACGGACGAUGAUUCCUCUUCAAAACUGACCUCGCAAGACAGUAGGUCGCCCAAUGACUUAACCUCCAAGCAAUCCAACCUGAGUUCCUAUUCCAGCACUUCAUCCAUCAGUUCGCUCAAAGGAAAAUCGCACAUGGAUCCUAUACAUCCCUCUGCGAUCCGGCAGCACAGCACCAUUAGCUCGCAAGUUAGGGCGAUGACCGAGCAGAGUUGGCCCCAAUCGCAAAAAAUAUCUUUGACUGGACCUCCCGCGUCAUUGGCCGAACAGCUGAAGCAGGUUUUGGCCGAGCGAGAAAAGCGACUCGGUGGAAACGACUCCUCGAGGGAGAGCUCCGGAGAUUUCAGUGAUCUCAACAAUCCUCACAAUAAUGAUCCGACUAUGGUUACGCAUCAUCUCGUAGAAGAGAUACGACAAGCUGUUAAUGAGGCUAAUCAAAGAGUGAAAAAGGUGGCGAUUCCUCCGUCGAAUUUGAUUGGUAGUGGAGGCGCCCCGUGGCAUCAUCCGGGAAGUUCUCCUUCAAGUUUGUCCUCCGGCGGUUCUGUGAGUCCUCCUGGCCUUGAUCCUAGUCCUUUAAAAGCUGGUGGCCUCCCAGAUUCGAGCACAGUUUGGUUGCCCGCUCACCUAAGCGACUUUGGUUUAGGUGACAAGAAGUCCCACUUCUGGCAGAAUGCGCCAAUCGCAGAUUGGUCCAAGGAACAAGUGUGCCAAUGGUUGACAGGAAUUGGUUUAGAACAUUACUCGCCCCAAUUUUUGGACAAUGGCAUUAACGGAAAUAAUCUGUUGCGUUUGGAAUCGAGAGAGCUGAAGGCCUUGGGGGUUUACGGCGAGGCUAAGGCUCAUCUUAAACGUAAAUUGAAGGAGUUACGGACGCAGGCCGAUCGUGAACGCAAGGAGCGUAAGGAGAUGGAGCGAAUGCGACGGAAAGCGGAGAAGGCCGCGCGGAAAAAAUAGCUCGCGAAUAAAUUAGACGAGUUUGGUAUCAGUUAGACAUCCGGUAGGUUAAUGCGGAUUUUUUGAGCGCGAAGUGCAUCAGGGUAUCUCGAAAGAGGUAAGGAGAAAUUAACAAUGGAAAUUUAUUGGAGCUUAUUGCAAAGUCGUCGGGAAUAUUUAUGGUCGUAAAUAUUAGUAGUUUGAGAGAAAAUUGAAAAACAAAUUUUCCGUGUAAAAUUGGAAAGAGGUUUGCCAAAGAGAUGAACUGUGGAACUGGAAAUGACGCCGUCCAUUUCAUACAGGGUGUCACCUAGAAAAUUAUAUAAAUUCUUUUUAAAUUAAAAGUGUCACAUUCAUCAAGAAUUUUAUAUAAAUAUAUCUUUUGUCUUUACACUCGCUUUUUCAGGUUUUUUCUUUUACUAUCUUGUAAUAUAUCUGAAUUCCCAAUCUGGAAUUCUAAACAUAAUAAUUACGAUUAUAUUAAAUAAUUGAUGCUCAUAAAUGUUAUUAUAAUUAUUUCAAAUAAUUCUUAACAGUACUUGUGUGAAAUGAUAGUAUUAAACUCUUAUAGUAUUAAUAAAAAAAAUUACUUUGUGCAUAUUUAAUUAUGAUUAUGCGAAUUAUUUGAAAUAACUAAUAAUAAUUACAAGUAGAUGUUUCUCAUAAGGAAACAUUUUAAUAUUACUUAUCAUUAGGAAUUAAUCUUAUUUAAAAGAAUUAUUGUUUUAAUAAUUAAUCACAGUAAUUUUUGAUGAGUUUUUAAAUUAUUCUUGAUGAAACGAGUAGUUAUUAGUCUUAUGAUUAAUUUUAAUUAUUUUUUAAUGAUAAUUAGAAGCACGAAAUAAUUCGGAAUAAUUUCUGUGGCUAAUCGAAAUUAUUUUUAUUUAUUUUUUAUGCUAGUGACUUAAAUUGCGCCUCUUUGGGGACACCCAGUAUAUCCUGGCGUUACCUUCGAGAUACUCCGCUUCCGUUCGAUUACAAUCUGUUUCCUUGAACGAGGUCCAUGUAUUGCGCCUCCGCAUUUACUUGUUGUCGCCAUACUUAUAUUGUCGCUAUUAAGUAUUUUUUUUUCCUCAGUUAUUAAUAUACUAUUUAAAAGUGAGUAUGUGUGAACAGGCAUGCGUGUGUGUGUUUGCGCGUGUGUAUGAAUGCGUGUAAAGACUCUAGCAAUGUAGCUAAACGAUCGCGUUCUAAAUAUCAGUUGGCGGCUGCUCGAUUUUCAACGAACACUGUUAUUUUAUGGAAGAGGUAAAAUCGUGAGCCGCUUUUUCAAUUCUAAAUUGAAUCAUCUAGAGAACGCGGAAAAUGUGUAAUAAAACAUCGUGUCAUACACUCUUUUGUAAUUGUAUGUACGUAUAUAUAGUAUACAUACUUAUAUAUAUUAUAUAUAUAUAUAGGCACAUAAGGAUUAUUCCGAUAUUUAUUUCUACUACCGCGUUUAACGGCGCUUUUUCCACUAUUAAGAAUCGAUCUUUCAAGUAGACGUUUAAACGUCUUUUUUGUCGUCAUCUUCAAUUUUAUAUAAACAAUGCGUCGUCAAUUAUUAAUUAAUUAUUAAUUACUUAUUAAAGGUAUGUCUCUGAUCAAUUAUGAUGGACAUAAACUGUUGAAGAUUUUGUAAUUGCCAAUGUCAUAAACAAUUCUAUUGUAUGUUGAAUAAUUAUGACAUUUUGCGUCACAAUUUUGCGGAAAAUAUCAUGGACCAUUCUGUACAAGUUUAGAGGAUGGAAGUAUUUGGAGCGCUUACGAGCAUUAAGCGGUUUUUAUAUCGCGCGUACUCUUUAUAUUAAUAAUAAUAUAUACACAGUUUAUCAAUGAGAUAUAUUCAUAUUUUUUAUUAAUAAGUAUUAAAUAUUAGCAUAUAUCGUUUAAUAGACGUUUUUUUUAAUUAAAUUGAUGUUAAAUUAUAAAUUUGAAUAUUAAUAAUGUUUUAAUAUUGACUAAUGUAAUAAGGAAAUAACGCUUGAUAUAUAAUUAAUAUUUAUAAUAUGAAAAAUGUAAUUUAUAGUAGCAAUAGACUUCACAAUUUUUUUCUGAUAUUUAAUACCAUAUCAUCGUGUUCUCUACGAUUGAGAUUUUCCGUAAUAAAUAUUUUGUUGCAAUAAACCGUCUGCGCUGUUUGAAGAAAUGAAAUUGAUCAGAGACAGCCCGUACUUUGCAGACUUGUUAUACUUACUUUAUAUAAGAGACUACUUCUUCGUAAUUUAUAUACUUAUUCACUCCAAAUUUGCUCAAGGCAAUCCUUUUAUGCACCGAGUCAGAUGUCAAGAGAGACUUUGUAUUCUCCGCCCCCCUUAUUUCUCCGCACAGAAUCGUUACAAACGCUCGCGAAAGACUCGAGGAUAAGUCCUUCAUCGUUGAGCUAUAACUCGCGAAUCGACUCGAAUCGAGUCGCUGUAAAUUCUGCGACAGAAUCCAAUGACAUUCCACGUCGGAUAAAACGAAACCGAGCUCUAAAGCGGCUCCCACACGAGAGGGAUCCUGAGCAAGCAAAGCCGGAGCUAUAAACGCGAGGACGAGCGUACUUAUUUAUAGUAACGUUGAACAUUUUUCGCGCUCCACUUUGAACAUUUCGAAACGUCUCGUCGCGAGAGUAGUAGUCGGAAAUGUUGAAACCUCGGGGUGCGUAGCGUGUGUAAAUAUACAUAAUGUACUGAAAUAUAAUUAAUAACGAUGACUGUAACCGGUGAGAUAAUAUGUACGUGUGUGUGUGUGUGCUGCAUGGUUGUGCGUGUGCGUGCGUGCGAGUCGCGGAGCGACGGAAAGCGAUUACAGUGUCAUAAUGUUACUCCACGAGGCAUAACUCUGAAUUUUUAUUGAUCGUAAAUCCUCAUUAGAAGUCCUCCAUUAGCUGCAUCAUUACCCGGCGAUUGCUGCGACGCGACACUUGUUGUUUUUGUUGUUACACUCACAACGAAUUGCGGGAAUGAAUCGUCCGUGUUUCUUAUAAAAAUUGUAAUAUGAUAUCAGUUGCUAUUGUGGUGAAACGUCAAUGGAACGAUCCUCCUGCACUUCGAUUACCCAUAGCGAAACAUUGCUUUCCUUCCUUCCUUCGAAUACUUCCUGAAUUAAGGAGUACAAUUGUACACUUGCUAAGGACUUUCUUUUUUAGAUCUCGAGGAUUUCUCACGCGUUCGGGUGUUCGAGAAUCUGAAGGAAUCGGAAUCUUUUCGUUCUUUGAAUUUUCGAACUUCAUGAUCUUCGUGUCUUUAAAUCUUCAGAUUUAUUCUGAGAAUUAUUUCUCAUAUUUAUUUCUCAAAACUUUUUAGUUUUUUAAAAUGGAAAGUUGGAGAAUUUCGUGUUUUUGGAACUAAAUUCUUCCUUUCUGGAUUUGUUAAAUCCUUUUAGACUUAAGAAUUUUUGAAAUUCGGAUUCUUUAAUCUAAGAACCAAUUAAAUGUACAUUGUUUUAAUUUCAUUUAAUGUUAAAACCAAAUCUUUUAUUUUGAAUUGACUAAACCCUUGAAUUUUAAAACAUUUUCAGUUGAUCGACUAAUUGCUGAUCGAUUUAAUCUCGAUUUAUUAGACUGCUUAGUUCUUUAAUUUAAAUUGUUGUAGUCUUUUGCUCCUCGAUUUUUUUAAGUCCUCAAAUCCUGGAUGUGUUUCCGUUCCUUAAGGACCUUUCACAAAACUGACUGAAUUAUCAUAAGUUAUAUAGCCAAUUUUCAACGAAUCACUUAGCCACGUAAUUACAAGAAGCGCCUCACAUACGAUCUGAUUAAUCGCAAAAUAUCUAGUAGAAGUUUAUACAAAAAUUUCGCCAUUUCUCCUUAAUCAUAUUGCUCGAUUGUUUAACACUUUUAUAUCCGUAUUCAUAGUUCCUCCUUAAGAAAUGAGGAUUUUUUUGUUUUUGUCUGUCUUUGUUUGCAUAGGGUAAAAUGUUAUAUAUGAGACAAAGACAGACAAUAAUAAGGAAUCCUCGUUUCUCAAGGAAGAACUAUGAAUACGGUCGUUAGCAAUUGUACAAUCAAGAGGCUAAUAUGCUUCUCAAGAAAAUUAAAAACCACUCGAAAUCGGUAAAAACGCAAUAUAAAUAUAAAUUUGUAACUUUGUAAAAAAUAAUUAGAGAAUUUUAUAUUUAAAGAAGCAUUUUAAUGUUUUUAAUCUCAAUCUUUUGAGGGUUUAAAAUGCUUUUUGAAUACUGCUCUAUGAGACAAUUUUUUACAUAGAUACAUUUGUAUUUCAUUAAAUUUGGUUCGAUUCGAAUGGUUUCUCAAUUUUGUUAGAGAUGUAUUUAAACUUGUGUACUGCUAGAACCGUAAAAAUAUAAUUUAGCGUGAUUAGUCGUGAGUGGCAGACAUGUUUGAUUUUUAUGUUAUAAAUAUCUUGAGCUUCAAAGUAUGUUGAUAACAUUUUUUUUAUCAAAAAAAAGGAAACGUUGUCACGCGCUUUUUUCAUUCGCUUUUGUCAGAUCGCGUGUGAUUUGAGUCAUGUACAUGUUUCCAUUGAUUUUGGAAUUGUUGUUCACGCGUAGGAAAAGACGAUUGAUAAAUGUGAGAUGAAGACGAUAUGGAGGUACAUGCGGAACGGCAGCUUUUUAAUAUGUCUACGAAAAGUAUUGUCAAACAAAUACUCUUGAACGUUUUAAUUAAAGGUAAUUCGUACAGUACAUAAAACUCUAGUUUCUCAUUUUUAAUUUUUAAUGUAAUAAUACGAAUGAUUUGACAGUUCAUUUAUUUAAAAGUAUAUAUUUGUGUUAUUAAAGUAAUCAAUCUGCAUGCUCUUGCGGUUGCUUGGAUAUAUUUGUUUGAUCGAUAUUUUACAUAAAGCGCUUUGCAAGGUUUUACAACGAACAAGAACGAAAGUUAUACCGAUUCGAACGAAUCUAAAUUCGGCUAUCAUGGCGAUAGUUAUAAAAGAUUAUCAGUGGCGACAAACGGAUAAAAGAAUAAUAAUUUACGUGCCUCUAAAAGGUCGCCCUAAAAAUGUGGAUUUAUUUGUUAUGGACAAUUACAUAAAGGUAUUACGAAUUUUUUUUAA